AUGCUUUGCGGCAAGGAUGCAGAGGUGGAGAGGCUUGUCUUGCAGCGGACCAGUGGGCUGAAGCAGAGGCACGAAGAGGCGCUCAAUGCCCAGGCCCAGGUUCACACCGUGCCAAGACCCGAGGAGCUCUCCGAGGCCAACAACUCCAUCAAAGAUCUCCAGCUGAAGCUGGAGGAUCUCGAGAAGGUGUUGGAGGAGGCCAAGACCCGAGAGGGGACCCUGGCCAAGGAGCUGGAGGCCGAGAAGCGGUUGCGGGAGAACGAGGGCCUCAACUUCGCGGAUCACAUGGCGGGCGAGAACCAUCAAACCCUAGCCCCGCUCCCCUCGCGCCGCCGGACGGAAAAACCCGCCGACGGACGUGUCCGCCGCCCUCUCCGCCGCCACGUGUCGCCUCCGGAUUCGCCGCCGCCCGCGCCCACUUCCCCCGCGCUGCCGCGCGCCGGCCCGCCGGGGCCCUCCCGGCCCGUCGCCCGCGCCCGUGCGUCGCCUCCCGCGCGCGCCUCCGCCCUCCCGCGGAUCCCCGCCGCCGCCGCCUUGAGCCUCGCCGCCGCGCCCGCCGCCGACCACCGGCGCUCCUCCGCCGACCCCGCCCGCGCCUCGCCCGCCGCCGUGCCGCCCCGCGCCUCCGACGGCGCCGGAUCCGGCCAGAUCCAGCCCGUCCCCGUCCGCCCGACGCCUCCUCCGGCCUCCUCCUCUCCAUCUCCGGCGAGGAACCCCGGUGAACCUCAGUUCGCGUGA